AUGGCAACGCUGACCUUUUACGGCGCCGCCGGCACGGUGACCGGCUCGUGCUCGAUGCUCGACACCGGCACGACGCGCUUUCUGGUCGAUUGCGGCCUGUUCCAGGGCAACAAGACGAUCCGCAAGCUCAACGACGGAGACUUUCCGUUCAACCCCGCCGAUGCCGGGUUUCUGGUCCUGACGCACGCCCAUAUCGACCAUUCCGGCCUGCUGCCAAAACUCGUCAAGCACGGCUUUUCCGGGCCGAUCUACGCAACCGAGCCGACCUGCGAUUUGCUCGAUUUCAUGCUCCGCGAUUCCGCCAAGAUCCAGAUGUCCAACACCGAGCGCUGGAACCGCAAGCGACAGCGCAAGGGGCUCGAACCGGUCGAACCGCUCUACACCGAUGUCGAUGCGGAAAACACGCUCAGGCUGCUGCGGCCGAUCGGCGGCUAUGAAGAAUGGUUCGAGCCGGCGCCGGGGAUCCGGAUCAGAUUCUGGAAUGCCGGCCAUAUUCUGGGGUCGGCUUCGGCCGAAGUGAAGUUCCCCGACGGUGACACCGGCAACACGAUGCGGCUGCUCUUUUCCGGCGAUAUCGGCCCGGAGCAAAAGGUGUUUCAUCCCGAACCCGAGGCCGAAACCGGAUUUGACUACAUCAUCUGCGAAUCCACCUAUGGCGAUCGCGACCGCGACGAUUACACGCUCGAAAAGCGCCGCGACAUGCUGCGCAAGGAACUGGUGCGCGGGCUCUCGGCCGGCGGCAAUGUGGUCAUCCCCGCCUUUGCCGUCGAACGCAGCCAGGAGCUUUUGCACGAUAUCGGCGUGCUGCUGGCCAAUGGCGACAUGCCCAACGCCACCGUCUUCCUCGAUUCCCCGCUCGCCAAGAACGUCACGGAAGUCUUCAUCAAGCAUGCGGACACGCUGUCGGACGUGGCGAUCGACAAUGGCCAAUUGUUUCGCGAUCCCCAGUUCCGCCUGGUGCAGAAUGUCGAGGAAUCCAAAGCCAUCAACCGCAUCGAUGGAGGCGCGGUGAUCAUCUCCGCAUCCGGUAUGGCCGAUGCCGGCCGCAUCCAGCACCACAUCAAGAACAAUAUCUGGCGGCGCAACGCCACCAUCCUGUUCGUCGGCUAUCAGGCGCCCGGCACUCUGGGACACGUCAUCACGUCGGGCGCCGACAUGGUGCGCAUCCACGGCAAGGAAUAUGUCGUCAACGCCGACAUCCGUCGGUUGGGCAAUUAUUCGGCCCAUGCCGAUCAGGGCGAACUGAUCGACUGGAUCAUGGAACGCACGCCCGUUUCCGGCGGCAUAUUCCUCAACCAUGGCGACGACGACACCCGCGAGGAACUGGCCCGCCUUCUGGCCGAUCGCGGCAUCGACGCCGGCCAUAUCCACAUGCCGCAAUUCGACGAGAGCUUUGAGCUGGUGGCCGGCGACGCCCGGUCCAAGGGCCGCGUCGCCCAGCGCAUACCGGCGGACGAAUUGCUGACCGACUGGAACAACGAUUAUGCCGCGUUCAUCGUCGCGCUGACCCAGCAGCUCAACACGGCCGACAACGAUGCCGAACGGCGCGCGCUGAUCAAGCGGCUGCAGGGCGCGCUCUGA